AUGGUGCUUGACUACAGCAAGUGGGAUGCACUGGAGCUAUCCGACGACUCGGAUAUCGAGGUGCACCCUAAUGUCGAUAAGCGGUCUUUCAUCCGGGCCAAGCAGGCUCAGAUUCAUCAGCAACGUGAACAGCGCCGUCACGAUAUCAAGACCCUAAAGUAUGAGCGCAUUAUCAAUGAUGGCCUACUCUCGCGUAUCGAUAAGCUCCUCAAUUCUCUCAAGCAACAUGAAGACUCUUCGGCCCUCCCUGAACAGUUCAUCUUCCAGACCAUCAUGGAGUUCGCCAGCGACCCUACCGAAGACCAAGCCCCGCCACCUCCAGAGGGUGUUCACACUCACGAGAAGGAACAACCCAAGUACUCGGCGAUGAUGAGUGCAUUGGUAGACCAGGUCAAGAAGGAGUUUGGUGAUUCCAAGCCGGACAACAUGUUCAAGGCUUAUAUCACGGGCGUGCAAGGACACAAGGACAAGGUGCAGGGCUUGCAAAAGGAGCUGUUGACGAGAUUGGCUCAGUUGGAGAAGGAGGAGAGCAGCAAGAUCACUAGCGAAGGUCUUCACGAUGGAUUCAAUACUUCACAUGUGUCCAAGGCUGAUCCAAAGCCUAAACCUGCUACACCAGCCAAGAAAGCUGAGGUGGAGCUCCUGAACCCCGGUGCUGGAAGCUCCUCGGCCGCACAGGCUGAGGAUGAGGACGAUGACGAUGACCCGGCGAACAUCGAGAUCAGCCCAUUGGCCAAGCGAUUUGCAAAGCUCAAGUCCAAUGACUACCUGGCAUACCAGCGGUUCAUCACCGAGCACCCCGAAAUCGUCGCUGAGAAGGAGACGGACGGCCUGCUGGUCGAGGCCUUCAACAGCCAACUGAAGGGUGAGGAUGCGUACGCUCGCCAGUGUGUGCACCAGGGUCUGCUCUUGCAGUACUGCCGUUCUCUCGGCCCCGACGGCAUCAAGCUGUUCUUCGGCCGCAUCACGACCAAGGAGCAUCGCGCCGCGACCCUGUUCACCAAUGAUGUGAACGACACCUACAACCGCAUCAAGACCCGUGCGGCUGAGCUUAGCAAGGAGAACUCUGCAUCCAAUGACCCAGCUGGCGUUGAGCAGAUCCAAUUGCAUGCCGUUGACCCCAACACCAAGAUUACCAUCAAUAUUCCCGCCGCCAACAGCGAGGAUCCUACGGAAGUCGAGGCCCGCAAGAUUUUCGAGUCUUUCUCGGCCGACCUCCAGAAGGCACUGGCAUCCGAAUCUCUUGAUGAGGUCAACAAGGUCCUCGGCAAGAUGUCCGUUGAGGAGGCUGAAGUUGUCGUCGAGCAGCUGGGCAAUGGCGGCAUGCUCAGCCUAGAGGAGGGCAUCAUUGAUGGAACCACGGAGGAAGGUCAAAAGAAGCUCGCCGAGAUUGAGGCAGAGGCUAAGCAGGAUGUUGGCGAGCCGGGCGGUGAUGUAACCGAGUUGGACUAA